AAAUAACUCACAGCUCCCACAUCAUUGUCAACAUACAUGCAACAAUCACUUCAAACGCAACACAAUCUUAAAACCCAACUUUGAUACACGUAUCUUCGUUUUCUUUCUCUGUUUUCUCUCGACAACCAUUUUUGAUAGUUUCUUGCUUUAAUCAAUGGCUUCCAAAACUGAAGGCAAAGCCAUUGGAAUUGACCUCGGCACCACCUACAGCUGCGUUGGUGUAUGGCAAAACGACCGCGUUGAGAUCAUAGCCAACGACCAAGGUAACAGAACCACUCCUUCCUAUGUUGCUUUCACAGACACCGAACGUUUAAUAGGCGACGCAGCCAAAAACCAGGUUGCCAUGAACCCACAAAACACCGUCUUCGAUGCCAAGCGUUUGAUCGGUCGUCGAUUCUCUGAUCCUUCAGUACAGAACGACAUGAAGCUGUGGCCUUUCAAGGUCGUUCCUGGUCCAGGCGAGAUGCCAAUGAUUGUCGUUCGAUACAAAGGCGAAGAGAAGCAAUUCGCAGCUGAGGAGAUUUCGUCUAUGGUUCUGGUAAAGAUGAAGGAGAUUGCCGAAGCUUUUCUGGGUCAUUCUAUUAAGAACGCUGUCGUUACUGUUCCGGCUUAUUUCAACGAUUCUCAACGGCAGGCUACGAAGGACGCCGGCGCCAUUGCUGGGCUUAAUGUGAUGAGAAUCAUUAACGAACCCACCGCUGCUGCCAUUGCUUAUGGUCUUGACAAAAAGGACUCUCGGUCCGGCGAGAAAAACGUUCUCAUUUUCGACCUCGGAGGUGGUACAUUCGAUGUUUCUUUGCUUACGAUUGAAGAAGGAAUCUUUGAAGUGAAGGCUACUGCCGGAGAUACCCAUCUUGGUGGUGAAGAUUUUGAUAACAGGCUUGUGAAUCAUUUUGUGGCAGAGUUCAAGAGAAAGCACAAGAAAGAUAUCAGUGGCAAUGCCAGAGCAUUGAGAAGGUUGAGAACGGCUUGUGAGAGAGCAAAGAGGACUCUUUCGUCUACCACUCAAACGACAAUUGAAAUCGAUUCUCUUUACGAAGGUAUUGAUUUCUACUCUACUCUUACCAGAGCAAGGUUUGAAGAACUGAACAUGGACUUGUUCAGAAAGUGCAUGGAGCCCGUUGAGAAAUGUCUUAAAGAUGCCAAAAUCGACAAGGGAAAGGUAAGCGACAUCGUUUUGGUAGGUGGGUCGACGAGGAUUCCGAAAGUUCAGCAACUUUUGGUGGACUUCUUCAAUGGGAAAGAGCUUUGCAAGAGCAUAAACCCAGACGAAGCCGUCGCAUAUGGGGCCGCCGUACAAGCUGCGAUUUUGUGUGGUGAAGGGAAUGAGAAAGUCCAAGACUUGCUUCUCCUCGAUGUCACACCUCUCAGUCUCGGAAUCGAAACCACCGGUGGUGUAAUGACGGUUUUGAUUCCGAGAAACACAACUGUUCCGACCAAAAAAGAGCAAGUCUUUUCAACUUACUCCGACAACCAAACCAGCGUUUUGAUCCAGGUUUACGAAGGAGAAAGAGCCAGAACCAAAGACAACAAUCUCUUGGGGACAUUUGAGCUAAAGGGUAUUCCUCCGGCACCAAGAGGAGUUCCUCAGAUCAAUGUCUGCUUCGACAUCGAUGCUAACGGGAUUCUGAAUGUUUCGGCUGAAGACAAGACUGCUGGUGUCAAAAACAAGAUUACUAUCACCAAUGACAAAGGGAGACUGAGUAAGGAGAAGAUUGAGAAAAUGGUGCAGGAGGCUGAGAAAUAUAAAGCUGAAGAUGAGCAAGUGAAGAAGAAGGUGGAGGCUCGGAAUGCUCUUGAGAACUAUGCUUACAGCAUGAGGAACACUAUUAAGGAUGAGAAAGUUGCAGGGAAGUUAAGCUUGGGCGAGAAGGAGAAAAUUGAGAAGGCGAUUGAGGAGACAAGUGAGUGGAUUGAGAGGAAUCAGUUGGCUGAAGUUGAUGAGUUUGACGACAAGUUGCAGGAAUUGGAGGAAUUGUGUAAUCCCAUUAUUGCACAGAUGUAUCAGGGUGAUGGAAAGCCCAACUCUGCUGGGCCUGGUUCUGGUUCUGGUUCUGGGCCCACAAUUGAAGAAGUGGAUUAAGGGAGUUGGAUUAGAUUUAGAAAUGGUUGUUUGCGGUGUGGAGUUUUGACAAGUAUAAUGUAAAGUGCGAGGUUUGAAGUCUUAAUAAGUAAUUACUUAUGUAUCUAUUUAAUAAUAAUAAAAGUCAUUUUGUCGAUACA